GCUUUCUCAGGAUUCUACCCUUCCCCAAGAGGGGAGCAUGAAAGAAGAGAGAAUUAACUCUGGGCUCCUGACAGCCAAAUCCCAGGAGUCAUUGACGUUCAAGGAUGUGGCUGUGGACUUCACCCCAGAAGAAUGGGGGCAGCUGUACCCUGCUCAGAGGGACCUGUACAGGGAAGUAAUGCUGGAAAACUAUAGGAACCUGGUCUCAUUGGGGCAUCAAGUUUCCAAACCACAUUUGAUCUCCCAGUUGGAGCAAAGAAAAGAACCUUGGAUGAUGGAGAGAAAAAUUCUAAGAGGGAACCGCUCAGACUGGGAAACUAGACCUGAAACCAAGGAAUCUACUCCAAAGGAGAAUAUUGCUAAAGAAGAAUUGCAGGAGGUGAUAAUGAAAAGAUUCCCAGAGGAUGGUCUUUGGUGUUCCACAAUUGAAGAAGCCUUGGAAUAUGAUGAACAGUUAGGGAGGCAGCAAAGAAUCAAGGAGAGAAUGUUAAAACAAAUGUCAGUCACCCACAAGAAAAACUUAAGUGGUAAGAACCAUUCUGAAUGUAAUGAACUUGGAAUAAGCCUUAGUCUAAGAUCAAUACUUGUUACUCAACAGAGAAGUUCUGUAGAAACGAGAUAUAAUAAAUGUGAUACAUGUGGAAAGGUCUUCAAACAUAAUUUAGAUCUAGUUAAGCAUCAGCAAGUCUGUGUAGGGAAGAAACCCUAUGAAUGUAAUGACUGUGGAAAAACCUUCAGUCAGAUUUCAUACCUUACCCAACAUCGGAGAAUUCAUACUGGAGAGAAACCCUAUGAAUGUAGUGAAUGUGAGAAAGCCUUCAGCCAAAUUUCAUACCUUACCCAACAUAGGAGAAUCCAUACAGGAGAAAAACCCUAUGAGUGUAGUGAAUGUGGGAAAACUUUCAGCCAGCGUACACACCUUACUUGGCAUCAGAGAAUUCAUACUGGUGAGAAACCCUAUAAAUGUAAUGAAUGUGGGAAGGCCUUCAGCAUCACCUCAUCACUUAAUAAACACUGGAGAAUUCAUACUGGAGAAAAACCCUAUGAAUGUAUUGAAUGUGGAAAAGCCUUUAGCCGAAGUACAGCCCUUACCCAACAUCAGAGAAUUCAUACUGGAGAAAAACCUUGUCAUUGUGAUGAGUGUGGAAAAGCCUUUAGCAGAAGAACAGCCCUUACUCAACAUCAGAGAGUUCAUUCAGGAGAGAAACCCUAUCAUUGUAAUGAAUGUGGAAAAGCCUUCAGACAGCACAGAGCCCUUAUUCAGCAUCAGAGAAUUCAUACUGGAGAGAAACCUUAUCAAUGUAGUGAAUGUGGGAAAGCCUUCAGCAACAGAUCAUCCCUUAUUCAGCAUCAGAGAAUUCACAGUGGAGAGAAACCCUAUGAAUGUAAUGAAUGUGGGAAAGCUUUUAGUUGGAGGACACACCUUACUCAGCAUCUAAGAAUUCAUACAGGAGAGAAACCCUAUCAGUGUAACGAAUGUGGGAAAGCCUUCAGUGACAGGUCAUCUCUUACUCAACACCAGAGAAUCCAUACAGGAGAGAAACCCUAUCAAUGUAAUGAAUGUGGGAGAGCCUUCAGCCGCAACUCAUCUCUUACUAAACAUCAGAGAAUUCAUGUUGGAGAAGAACCCUAUGAGUUAAAUUAAUCUAGGGAGUUAUUGAGUUGAAAUAGACAUGUUAUUAAUUAAUUCAUAGUGGAAAGGACCCCUAUGACAAGGAAGAUCUUUCUUAUACAAACUCAGACCACAGUGGAGAGCAAUGCAAAUUCUCUGCAGAAUAACACUGGAAAUGAAGUGGAUUUACAGAAAUUUCUUUCAGACUCAUAAAUAUCCUUAAAUUAUACAAUCAUAUAAUUUGAGUUGAAAGGGACAUCGGGGAUAAUUUAAUACAAUUUAUUCCCAAGCAGAAAUUUCUCUAAAACAUCUGUACCAAGUGAUCACUCACUUGGUUCCCAGUGUGGAAGAAAUUCCCUGCUCCAACCUCUCAAGACAGUCCUUUCUACUUUUGAACAGCUUCAAUUGCUAAGAACUUUUCCUUUAAAUCAAACUGAAAUCUAUUUUUUACCAUAUUUCUAUUUUAUAUGUUGUCUUCUGCCAUUAGAAUGUAAGCUCCUUGAGGGUAGAGUCUGUCUUUUUUUUGCUUGUUCUUUUACUCCCAGUGCUUAGCACUGUGCCUGGCACAUAGUAAGCACUUAAUAAAUACUUAAUCCAUCUUCUCUGACACU